ACGGAGCCAUCUCACAUCGCUUUAAAAAGGGGACGUCCCGCUUCCCUAUACCUUUCUGAAGAACCUGCCCGACACUCCUUCCUCAUUUCUCAGAACAUUUAUCUACUGGACAGGUCCAACUUUUUUUAGUGUGUUGCUUUGCAGAAGUUGAGACAAACUUCCAAGACAGAUGGCCGACCACGCAGAAGAAUCUCCCCUGGCCACAGGGAGUCUGGCUGGCAGUGAAGAAGUCCUCGUUAUCCCCGAAGCUCCCACAGGGGGCUCAAACAAACGUGCCUUAAAGGUGGCCGGCCUGACGACCCUGGCCUGUCUGCUGCUGGCCAGCCAGGUCUUCACUGCCUACAUGGUGUUCGACCAGAAGCAGCAGAUCCACUCCCUGCAGAAAAACUCUGAGAAAUUAGGCAAUCAGCUGACCCGCGCAGCCAAGGCACCAAUGAAGAUGCACAUGCCAAUGAACAGCUUUCCUCUGCUGACGGACUUCACUUCAGAAGUGAAAGCAAAGACACCCCUGAUUAAACUUCAGGAUGCUGUUGUCAGUGUGGAGGGUCAGCUGAAGGAUCUCAUGCAGAACUCCCAGCUGCCGCAGUUCAACGAGACUUUCCUGGCCAACCUGCAGAGCAUGAAGCAGCACGUGAAUGACAGCGACUGGACGAGCUUUGAGUCCUGGAUGCGUUACUGGCUGAUCUUCCAGAUGGCCCAGAAGCAGCCUCCACCCCCAACAGCUAUGCCAGUCACUGCCAUCAAGACCAAGUGUCAGAUCAGUGGAGAACAUGGAGACACCAGGAUUGGUUCCUUCAAGCCCCAGUGCGACGAUCUUGGUAACUACCUGCCCAUGCAGUGCUGGCACAGCUCCGGCUACUGCUGGUGCGUGGACUCAGAUGGCAAAACCAUCGAGGGCACCCAGAUGCGCGGCCGCCCCGACUGUCAGAGAGCGAUUCCUCGUCGUACGGCUUUUGCACCCAUGCUGAUGCAGAAGACCCUCAUCCCUGAUGAUUAAGGAAGCAAAUGAGGCAAAGUGCGGGGUGUUUCUUUUCAUCAAGCUUUGCAGACAUGAGAAAUCUGAGCUGGAUCAAGACCAGCAUUAAGUAAUUCUUUUGAUUGCUGAUCAGUUAUUACACUCCCAUGUUAUCUGUUGAUUUUCGCCCUUUUGCUAAGCACCUAUUAUGAAGUAAUUAGAUCCUUGUUAUAGCAUAAUGCUUUCUGGCUGUCUUAUUCAUUACAGAGUCUUCUGACUGAGAUUUUAACCAAGCUAUUCAUACAGUAUAUUAAAGUAUGUGUAUCAAACGUGUUUGUCUUUAAAUAAUGCUUCAAGGGUUGUUUUCUCCAAAUGAUGUAUUCAUGUAACUUACUUCUAAAAGUAAAUAGACAUAGAAGUGGUCCAGUUUUAGAGGCGAAUGAAACAAUGGAGAAGGGUGUUAGUUUGUUUUGAGGUUCACACAGCGUUAUAACGUUACAAUAAAAAAUGUAAAGGCCAGACUCCUCCCAUAUACAAUGUCCUUUGUUGCUCUGAUAAUCCACAUACCACACUUUGAACAACUAUUUAUUUGCUAGUAAGUAGUUCCAGUAAAAACUGUUUAUGGUGUAGUCUAUAGUUUACUCAGAGAAAUGGGACCACUGUUUCUGGAAAAAGAUAUUGCUGUUUCAUUUGUUUUUCAAUGCUGUCGGCACCUUUAAUGAUUUCCAGCUAAAUAAAGCAAGGAAUAUCUGCACGGCUAGAUAUAUGAGAGGUGAGUACAAUAAAAUGGUGUGGUUUGUUUCUCAUUUUGGUGAGUUUACCAUGUAAGGUUGUGAUCCUAUGAGUAAGUGACUCUGCCAUGUGUUUGUAUUAAGAAGGCUCAAUAAAGUUUUCAUAAUAACA